AUGAAAUUCCUCAAGGUUUUAAUAUGCUGUGGGAAGGAUAGUGCUCAAGUCAAGAUUAAGCGACCAUACAGUCUUGGGAAUGAUGCCAUUCCAAAUCAGAUCACUGAUAGACCCAUCCGAAAAUCUAAGGAUAAGACGAAAGCAUCUACUGUCUUUGACAUGAAGAGUAAUAGAACAUCAGAUGUAUCUGCCUUCAAAACUGUUAACAACGGGAGAGGAAAAUAAUAAGGUUAGGAAAAACUAUGGGAAUCCUGCAAUUAAAGCUCCUGGAAGAGGCAGAAAUAUAGGCACUGGAGAUCAACAUACCGGCUUACCAUCUAGUGAUAACGAGGUGAUAUUUUCCUACGGUAACAAUCCUAUAUGAAUCAAGGACGAUGACAUCUAUAAAAAUAAAAUCGAAGUAAAUAAGGAUGAAAUCCUAUUCACUCAAGAAUGUUAUUUCAACGAUAGCCUAUGUCUCAGAGCAAAAGAGGAACGAGCCCAUAGCUGGAAAAGGAUUGAUUCACAAUCUGAGGAAUUUGACAAAGUUCUCCAUAGAACAGGAAUAAAGAAACGGACAUUCUCGCCUGAUAAUGAUGCUCAUACAAAUCUGUUUUCACCACUGUUGCUUCAUAACCAAGAAGGUAAAAACUCGUAUCAAAAGAAAGGCAUGAAUCGUGCUAAGAAUAGUAUCAAAUUGGGAAGUAAAGAUUCCCAGUCCCAGAAAUCAUCAUUUUUGCAAUCAGAUAUGGUGUCUCGACUAAAUUCAAAGACGUAUCCCAAUCCUCCUGCAUCAGGAGUGGGUUAUCCCUCGAACUAUGAUACAAAGAAGAGUGAAAAUAACAAGGUCAUGCCAUUCGAGAAAGUCAAUGAAGAAGAGGAGAGUUACUCUAAGACCUCCAUACCUGCUCUUCAUCUUGAAAAAUACUCUGAAGUUUCUGAUGUUCCAAAGACAUCUAAGAAAGGUAAGAAACAGCUAAAACAUAAGAAAAGGGUUCACAAGAUAAAAGUCAAAAGAGUUUUUAAAAAGAAGCCAUUGAACUUAAAAGAAACCGAUAAGGACUUCUAUGAUAAUGAGUCUUCAUCUAAUAAUGAAGAAGAGAAGAAACCAAAUCUUGACUCUGAAGAAGCCAAAAAGAUCAAAGAGGCUGAAUACAAGACAUACUGUAAGAUUCUUGAGGAAUGUGAGAUUAAGAAGUACUACCAAAAGAAGAAAAUGACAUUCCUUAUAUCCUGAGAAUGGCUUAACAAAUGGCUUGAUUACAUUGAAGCUGAUAAAGAGCAUCCUGGCAGUAUUGAUAACAGGCCUCUCUGGUACCUUAUUUUCAAUAAUCAAGAAGUCAAAAGAGGCAGAGAUUAUUACGUCGUUGAUCGUAGAGUCUGGGAUUUCCUCCACCAAAUCUAUGGGGGUGGCCCUAUUCUUCAUAAGGACAAGAAGGAGGUCAACUCUGAAACAGUAUCGAUAAGAUCAAGUACAACCUCGCUUGGAACCAACAUUGGGAAUAUCGUACAGACUGAAAAUUACCAAAGCUCCUUCAUAGAGAAGAGUAUUGGUGAUAAUCGACAUCCUAUUAUUGACGAAGCUGAAAAUGAAGAAGAGGAUGAUAAGCUACGAAAUGAUAAAGAUGAAAUGAUCCAAGAAUACAUCAAUAACAACAUCAUCCUCCAAAAUUUUGGAGAAGAGCAAAUCCCAGAUGAUGACUAUGAUGAAGGCGAAUAUGGUGAUGAUGAAGGAGAGUACGAGGACGAUGAAAGUGAAAUCUCUAACAUUAACAACGCUGAAUUUAAUAUUAUUGGGCUCAAAAAUCCUAAUAAUUACUGAUACAUGAAUGUUUGUCUACAAGCAUUGCUAAGCAUCUCUGAACUAGUAGAGUACUAUUUAAAAAUAAAUCCUAACGAUUUGUUAAGCUUAUCAAAAGCGACAAAGAAGAAGGAUAAUAUCUCUUACUUAUUUUCAGAGUUCUGCCAUGAUUCUUUAAUCGAGGACAGGGAUGAUGCUUAUAAUCCAACAGCUCUCCAAAACCAUGUUAAGAAAAUAUUCUCGACUCAGAUGCAAGAUACACAUGAGUUCAUAUUAUACUUCUUUUCAAAAUUGCAAGAUGAGGAGAAUAAAUUCAAGAAGACUUUAUUAAAAGCUAAAGGGGUUGCCGUUCCUAAAGAUCCUGACCCUACCAAGUGAAAAUCAGCCAUAGACUAUUGGAAUAAAUACAAACAAGGGCACUCUUCCAUAAUUGAUAAGUUGUUCACUGGACUCAUGAGUACUUCUGUCUCAAGGAACUGUUGUAAAAAGGUUACUAAAAACUAUGAGCCCUUCCUAGACCUCAGCUGUGACAUUCAGAGCGAAACAGUAGAUGGAUGUCUUGAUAAUUAUUUUAAAGAUGAGAAGAUAGGACAGGAUUCUGAGUACAAUUGUGAGUACUGAGAAGCAACCACAAAUGCAGUUUUGAAAUAAAAGGAUUGAAAAAGCGCCCCAACAUUUGAUAAUACACUUGAAAAGAUUUGAGUAUCCUUCAUUAAAGAAGGAUAGAUCGAUUAUAGGAUACAGACAUGCUAUCGAUGUAGGAUCUUAUCUCACAAAGUCUACUAAAGAUACAAAGAAAUAUUCCUUAAAAUACCAACUUUUCGGAAUGAUCAUGCACAAAGGAAAGGAGAUGGACAGAGGUCAUUACGUCUGUUUGUUCAAAAGAGACGAAAGAUGGUAUGAAUUUGAUGAUGAUAAAGUCUACGAAAUCCAAGGCAAAGAUAACACCAAAUAUGUCCUUGAUAAAGAAAUCUACAUGUUGCUCUAUAAAAGAGAGCUUUAG